UUGUCAAAGGCCAGAAAUAUUUUUUUAUAAUCACAAACUUUCACGCAGAUUUUACUGAGGUGAUAAAUUUCGAAAAAGUUGGCUUGCACAGUGUCCCCAAUCAAUAGUGGUUAGUAUUAAAAAGUGCCCUGCCCUUGGCCGCAUUUGGUAAAAUACAGAACAUCAGGAAAAUGUUCUGAUAUCACCCGCAUAUUGUAAGACAAAGAAACCAUUCCGAAUCGAUAGUGCUGCGUACUUUGAGCAAUUGCCAGGAAUUCCAUUUUCGGUGGCGUAGUUCCACGGUCGAGGUUAACCAGUUGCCACCAUCGAGCUUGUGUGAACUAAUAUGUCCAAAACUGUAAAACGACCGACAUCCGGAAUCCGUCCGAGCUGCUACAUACCUUCAAGGCUAGAGGAGCGACGGACGAGGGCACGCAUUCUACGCCAAGAGCGACGGAGGAAACCCGAUAAACCAGACGAUUUUGUAACCUACGAGGACAGCGAUAGCGAGGAGGAAACGCCAGCGCAACAACACCAGAUUUUAAGCACUUCGUUCAAUUUCGUGGACUAUGUGCGCAGUCGGGAAUCGGAUUUUAGGGAGGAAAGAAGCGUGGAUCCGGCGUACGCCAGUCGACACAUACUGACGCACGAUAUGUUCAAGGAAACUCCGAUCUCGCUGGGCAAUAUCAAUAAAGUGUUUUGCUCGCAGUGGCUCAGUAAUCGCCAGGUCGUUUUCGGUACUAAAUGUAAUAAGCUAAUGGUGUAUGACGUGAACACUAGGAAAGUGGACGCAAUCCCAACGCUGCCCAACAAUCGUGGGGCCAGUCCGGACACCCAGUGCGGUAUUCAUGCGUGUCAGAUUAAUCCGAGCCACAGCUUGCUGGCUACGGGUGCCCGACAUUCGGCUGACAUUGCCAUUUAUCGACUGCCGACAUUGGAUCCUCUCUGUAUCGGAGAAAACGGACACCGGGAUUGGGUAUUCGAUAUGUGCUGGUUGGAUGACCAAUUUCUGGUAUCCUGUUCGCGUGAUACGAAAGUAGCGCUUUGGCGUAUCAACGAAGAAACGAUGGACUUUCCUACCGCUAAGGAAGGCGAAGAGCAAGAAUCUGUGCCAUCGUAUGCACAUGUUAGUCCCGUGUCGGUGAAAGAAUGCCGUGGGGCUCAAAAGAUUCGUGCCCUUUGCUUCAACAAGGAGUACCGAGAGAUCGCGUUGCUCUCGCUGAAUGGAUACAUGCAUCUAUUUAAUGCCGAAACAUUUUCCCAGAAGCUGUCCCGGAAAUUGCCGAACUGUCAGGAAAAUGUAUGCAUAGCUUGUCAGAACAAUGGACUGUAUGCGGUUGGAUGUAGAUCCUAUACUCUACUGUUGGAUCCCAGAACAUUGCAGGCCGUGAAAAAGGUAGCCUCUCGCUACAGCGGUUGUGGAAUUCGUUCAGCUAGUUUCCAGAGUAAUAUUUUAACUAUUGGUACCGGGUUAGGAAUGCUGAUGUUUUAUGAUAUUCGCGCGGGGAAAUAUCUUGAAUCCCAAACCAGUGCAUCUCGCACGGUCGUGUUAAAAGCCAGCCGAGGCUACGUUGCACAAUUUCCCGAAGAGGAAAUGGACAAUUUUCAGCAGAUAAAAUACGUUCCGGCAAUCUACACACACUGUUACGAUAGCAGUGGCACCAGACUGUUCACGGCAGGAGGACCCCUACCAGCCACGCUCAUAGGAAACUACGCGGGAAUUUGGCAAUAGUAGCGACACAGAAUGUAACCUAGUAGCAAGUAAGACAGCAAAACCUAAUAGGACAAUGGUAUAUGCGUAAUUUAUUUUCUAUACUCCAUGCGCAGCACUCACAUAGUGUCGCACGAUUUGGCGGGCCAUCGAGAAAACGAUAUCAGCACAUAUUUCAUUUGCAGCCGAUUUUUUUUGCUACAAACUUUUAAUGUCGCUCAGAACUGAUCGCAUUGUUGGGUAGCAGAUGGCAAAAUGAAUGGCAUUUUCGACUAUGAAGCAAACAGUUUAUUUCAUACAAAAUUUAGCAUAUAUUUUUUGCUUGAUAAACUGUAUGGGAAAUGUAGCAGUAAAAACCCAACAUCAAGAAAAUAAAAUCUGAUGUUACAUAACAAAAAAAACUGAGAAGAUAAUUUGUGAAUUUUACCAUCAACUAGUAAACGGUAUGGUAUGGUAUGGAGCCUCUUGAGCCAUAGAGCCACUUAACCUAAUCAAACGGGAGACACGUGGUUAUUUUGGCAUAAUCAUCAUCAAAUGCUAACCAUAAGUUCAUGUUGUCAUUUGGUAUAAUGGCUCGAAGUUUAUUGCCAUUUUACAUAAAGCCAACGUGACAUAAUUGCUUUUGCCUUAAAAAGUUUUGAUUUACCUCCCAAGGGAGCCUCUAAAAAGACGGCUCGAAAGACGAGGAGCAAAACAAUAGGUUUAUUUUUUAUUGAGUCAAAUAAAUCAAUCCCUGUAAACAAAAAUAAUACUAAACAAUUAGGAAUUGAUUUCUUGCUCGACCCUUUUGAGAACGGAGCAUCUGAAACUCUGAUUAUCCUUAUUAAGUUCGAUUUUUUCGGCUUGUUUGCCUUUAUGAUUAACGUGGCCGGUGAUCAAUAAUUUUUUCUACUCCCUUCGUGCAAAGGUGCACUCAUUGCUAUCCAACGAAUGGAGGAGUAGCAGUGGUUCGCUAUGCAUGCUCCCGUCCAUGUUCUACAUGAGAUACUACAUGGAAUGAAAAGUCCCGGGCCUCUCACAGAAAAGACGUGAACAGUUUCGAACCGAGUAAGAACAAGCCUCUGGGUGGCACAAUACCGAAUUUCAUGACAAUCUAUCCACUGGUUUUUGAAAAACAGAUGAUCAUGUCCGACGAGUUCUAGUAUCAUCAAGCUAUGGAAAAAGACGCACCAGCGCAUUCAUACAAAAAAGCAAAGGUGAAAUUGAACGAUUUGCGGUACGGAUUUAUCCUCAACCCUCCGUAUUCUCCACAUCUGAUCCCCAGCGACUAUUAUCUAUCUCGAAACCUGAAAAGGCUUCUCCAGGGAAAGAAAUUUUCAUCGAAUGCUGAGAUCAUUGCAGAAACGGCAGCCACAGAAGUACUAGGAUUAUUUGGAGCUGGUGUACAGAAAGUACCGUUGUUCUUCGAUGUAGAUGUCUAUUACAAGGCUUACCGUAGUGGCCAACGUUUCGGCAAUAUUGACAUGUAGCCAUCUGAUUGUCGUAGGUAACAAGUGAUUUACUCGGAACUUUAACAUAAGAAGAUAUAACGCGCAUGCUUGACAAAUUUACACCAUUCAGAAUAUGGGAGAAAAAGCUCUUCCACUAUUCCUUCCGAUAGAGAGAAUCUCUCCGGUCUGAGACAUAUCGUAUUUUCCUCCAUAUAAACUGAUAUGUUGUACUUGAUAUUUCUAUGCUCUUUAUUUUAUGCUACUCGUUUAUCGACUGACUUGGAUGAGAUGUGAAAGUGAACUGAUCUGAAGCUCUGAAGAUGAUUGUCAAAAACAGCCCCGCCACUUCGUCUGUCGCUACUAUGAAAUUACCUAGUAUUUGUCGAUUGGACUAAAUUCCAAGCAAUUCGAAGGAUUCAUUAGCUUGAACACAUUAUCGAUCUUCUUGCCAGCAUACCACUUCAGAAUCACCUUGGAAUAGAACUUUUUCUGGUACUAAAACAUCCAAACCAUAGUGCAAAGUAAAGGCAGGAUGCAAAUCUCUCAAACUUUUCUGGAAGUCGGUAGUAAAAAAAAUAGUGCAAAAAAAGCACAUGGUUCCUCGCAUCUUUGCUGCUAUAUUGCGAUGCUUUAAAAAGUUGCUGCUUUUGAAAUAUGCUUUUGAACAUUCAUGUCGAAUUGUUUUUCAGUUAGCCUAAUUUGCCUAUUCGGAGUACUACCCGCAUCAAUAAUAGUUUCUAUGUGACCGUACUGUAUUAAAUUAUAACCUCUAAACAAAGUUUAUUCUGGGAUUACCAGAAAAUAAGCUCCUCUGUACUCUCGAUAAGGUAUUGUUAUGAAUGUGACUUUGGUCGGAAUAUCUGUCCAGUUUAAGUCACAUUAUACAAAACAGCUGAUAUGGAUGAUGGCAAUUGUGUUUUAAUAUAAAAAAAUAUCGAUUUUUAGAAUCCAUCUAAAAAUGACGAACAGCACUGGAUCGAUUAGAAAGCCCGUCUUAUUGUAUCCGAACAAUCUAUUGGGAUGAAACCAUCAAAUAAAUACAAAUCUUGAAAUGUGCAUAAUUUGCAUGUGGUGGUCGUGACUUCGAACUAUGUGCACCGAGCUGUGUGUCUAAGUGUAGGUAGGUUUUAUGACUCGAAAAGCUGAUAUAAAGAAAGAAAACGUACACUAAUGUCUUAAGUUUAGAAAAUAUGAAUUGCGGAAACUUUUGCAAAGAAAUAAUAGAAACAAAGAUUCGACAGUUUUGAAGCUUGCA